AUGUCUCAGAAGAGCAAGACGGGUCUAAGCCGCCUUUACCAGAUCCUGGAAGAUGUACGGAAGAUCAGGAUCGAAGAUGCAACGGGAACUCUGUCAUUAGGCAGCAGCAAUCUCUUAAACAACCUUACGAUUGCACAAGGAACCCUUCGUGAUUACGGUCAUUUCCGAGAAUCUGACGCUCUGGCUGAUAUCCUUAUUACAUGUGCACAACCUCUCGAGCUGGGUGGGCUAGGUCUUACGGAACAUACUGAUCCUACAGAAGACCAAGAGUCGGAGGUUCUAUUUCUGGUUUCAGCAUGGUGGGAAUCGCUGAAUUCGGCAGACAGGGCCAAGUCAUUUCCCGCGCCGCUGUCUGUCCGCCCUAAAGGCCGAAGGGGCAUGACCCUGAGCGAGAAGAUCUUCUCAUUACACGAUAUUGAUCGGCGGGGGUCAGUAGCUCCAGGCGACCUCAUACGAGUUGAUGUAGAUUGGGUGAUUGCAUCCGAAGCCUCUUGGGCAGGCAUGGAGUCAACGUACAACCGACUCAGGAAGCCAGGAAUCUUCCGUAAUGACCGCUUCUGGCUCGCAGGAGAUCAUGUAGUUGAUCCUCGGGUCAACAAGCUCCCAAAGGUUCAGGCAUUGAUCGAUGCGAGUGAAAGAGCAAAGCGAGUGUUUAAGUUGACAGAAUACCAAGGGAUGAAUUAUACAAUUCUCCACACAGAGUUCUAUCGUGAACGAGCGCAGCCAGGCAUGCUGAUAGUAGGGUCGGACUCGCACACUUGUUCAUCUGGAGCGCUUGGAUGUCUGGCUAUCGGUCUUGGUGCUGCGGAUGUGACAAUGCCACUGGUAACCGGAGAGACGUGGUUCAAAGUCCCAGAAUCUAUUGCAAUCCGUCUGGUUGGAAAGCCCAACCUGGGGAUUGGCGGGAAAGAUAUAAUCCUUUUUAUAUUGCAACAAUUGAAAAGGAAUACCACGGCCUCGGACAGAAUUGUGGAGUACAAUGGACCUGGACUAGAAUAUUUGUCCUCUGACGCUCGGUUUGCAAUAUCGAACAUGACAGCAGAGUUGGGUGGCAUUACUGGAGUCUUCGUCCCGGAUAUCCUUACACAAAGCUUCAUACAAAAGCGCAGAAUUCCACGCCACAAGAGCGCAAGUAUCUAUAUGAAGCCAGAUGACGAUGCGCAAUACGUUGAAACUCACGAAAUUGAUCUCAGCAAAGUGCAAUCCUUCAUAGCAAAGUAUCCUCGGCCGGAUGAUGUUGUUCCCGUUGUUGAUUGUGAAGGCAUGAAGUUGGACGGUUGCUUUAUUGGAGCCUGCACCACUGCUGAAGAAGACCUCAUACUAGCCGCCUUAGUACUUGAACAGGGUCUGAAAGGUGGACUGAGGCCAUCAGUAAAAGGUAAGAGAAAGGUUGUCCCUGGAUCAAUGCCGAUUCUACAUCGACUACGUCAACUCAGCCUGGUCGAAGUGUACGAGGAAGCGGGAUUUGAUAUCGGCAUCCCUGGAUGUAGCUACUGUGUUGGUAUGUCUGCUGACCAGGCCGCUCCGGGUGAGAUAUGGUUAUCAUCGCAAAAUCGGAACUUCGAGAAUCGAAUGGGAAAGGGAUCAAUUGGACACCUCGGGUCUGCUGCUACCGUUGCUGCAUCCUCGUUUGAGAUGAGGGUUACUGAUCCUACCUAUCUCCUGGAUGCCAUCGACACAGAGCAAUGGGACAAGCUUCGACGACAUAGAGCUUCUAUUGUUCCAGAAGAUGCCUGGACCCAGAAUGUAGAAUAUAUGGAACCCAGCGAGCCUUCGAGGCCUUGCUGUGAAAUCCAGAACAAGGAACCAACCAUUAGAAGCAUACCGGCUGCACCACCGGCUGUGAAGCAUGAGGCUCUGACCGGAAAGGUUCAACUCCUUGGAGAUUUUAUAGAUACAGAUGCUCUUGCACCAGCUGAGUUCUUGGUCGAUAUGGCAACUAAUGAGGCAGCUGGAGAGUAUUGUUUGCAAUAUACACACCCUAAGUUCCGUGACCGCGUUAAAAAGGGUUUUAAUGUUGUGGUUGCCGGCAAGGCCUUUGGCUGUGGGUCAUCUAGGGAACAGGCUGUCAUGGCAUUGCUGGGGUGUGGUAUUAAAUGUGUGAUUGCCGAAAGCUUCGCUUUCAUCUUUCAGCGCAACAUGCCAAACCUUGGACUCCUUGGCAUUACUAUAGCAGAGAAAUCAUUCCAUGCAGCCGUCGAGGAUGGGGCUGAGAUCGCAAUUGACUUCGACGAUGGCAUUAUCAACAUGGAUGGAAGAACAUUCAGGUUUAAUCUCAGUCCAAUGGAGAGAGGGCUCUUUCAUCAUGGUGGUAUUGCCUCCGCCUUUAGAAAGUUUGGUAAUAACUUGUUUGAAGCGAUGAUGGAGGGAAAGGGUCUGACGGCUGGUCAUGGCAUUGUAAAUCAUGUUGAUUCACGCCCCGAGCUGCAGUGGUAG